UUAAUGAGAAUGAGGAAGCGGUUCAGGAACAGCUCAGCACAUCAGCUGGAGUAAGUUUCAUUUUGUUUGACGGGUUCAGACAAAGUUAAUGCGCAGUUUGGGGCUCGUUAAGUCGACAACUUCCUGUUUUUACGGAGACACCAAAGAAUGAGCUGGUUAUUUAGUUCAAGUGUUGCAGACGACUAAAGGUCUACAGGAUCCAUCAUUUUACAGAGAUGGCUUGUGUGGGCUUGGUGAAGAGAUGGCUCCUUGCUCAGCUGCUGCUCCUGUUGACGCUGGCCAACAUCUCUGAGUCUACAGCGUACCUGUCCGCUCCAGAAGAGGUCACACUUGUGGAACACUCCGGAGUCAACGUCACCAUUACCUCCAGUUCUGCUGUCAACCAGUCAGCUUUGAUUCACCUAAAUGUGACCUACAGCUCCAAGUUGAACUACUCGUCUGUAAUCAUACUACCGGAGCAGGUGUUGCUGCCAGCAGCGGCAACCAACGUCAGUUUCAAUGUGACAGCCCGCGAUGUCGGUCAGGUGACCGCAUGCCUCCUUAGCAACAACACAGACCUCAGCAGUACGUCUGUCAGGAUCCACUUCAAGGUCAUCCACAGCAACGUCCUGUCAGUAAUCAAUCAGGUGAUUGGCUGGAUUUACUUUCUGGCCUGGUCGGUGUCCUUCUACCCACAAGCCUGGGAAAACUGGAGGAGGAAGAGUGUUGUAGGUCUCAACUUUGACUUCCUGGCUCUGAACCUAACUGGCUUCAUCGCUUACAGUGUCUUCAACAUCGGAUUGUUCUGGGUGCCUUAUAUACAGGAAGAGUUUCUGAAGAAAAACCCGAAUGGAAUCAACCCCGUCAACGCUAAUGAUGUCUUCUUCAGUCUCCAUGCUGUCCUGCUCUGUUUGGUCUACAUCUGCCAGGCUGCUGUGUAUGAGAGGGGGGGUCAGAGGGUCUCCUGGAUAGCCAUGUUCUUGUUGGCAGUCGGCUGGACAUUUGCCUUGGUCAGCUUGAUUCUUGCUGCAGUGAGACAGAUCACCUGGUUGGAUUACCUCUACUAUUUCUCCUACAUUAAACUGGCUGUCACUCUGAUCAAAUAUGUGCCGCAGGCGUACAUGAACUACAAAAAACAGAGCACUGAGGGUUGGAGUAUUGGCAAUGUGUUGCUGGACUUCACUGGAGGAACCCUCAGUAUUCUACAGAUGAUCUUACAGUCUUACAACAAUGACGAGUGGAGGCUGAUAUUUGGUGAUCCCACAAAGUUUGGUCUGGGUCUGUUCUCCGUGGUGUUUGACAUCCUCUUCAUGACUCAGCACUACUGCCUGUACAGAGAGCCACCACAGUACGUACCUGUUACAGGGGAAGAAGAGGAGUGAUGUGGACAGACUGUGGAUUAACUGUUUAAAAAGACAUGAUCACAAGGGAGCACAGGACUGAUUUCUUUCAGUCCACAAGAAUUAGCACAUCUGAUGAACCAAUAAAUGACUCAGACUGCUAAAGAGAAGUCAUGGUGGUUGUCAUGGUUGACCUCCAUCAUGAUAUGUUGCAGAGUUCUCUUGAGCAGGUUUUACUCGUCUGAUCUGUACCCACCUACGCUGAGCUUAGCGUGCUUCCGCCUUAAAUAUCUCAGGAUCUUCACUUGCCUUUUUUUUGUACCAUGGUGUGAAAGUAGUUGAAGGUAUAAGAAUAAUGGGUGUUUUGAUUUCUAUGUUAACAAUUUUAUAUUUAAAUGCAGUAUCACAACUAAAAUCAUAGUGAGUUAAUUGCUAUAGCCUGAUCGAUAAACUGGCAGGCCAAUAUUAUCAGAUGAUUUUAGCUCAUCACAGACACACUGGUGUGCAUUUCGGUUGAUAAGAAACUAAAAAUAUCAGAGAUAAGUUUGAGGUCAUUUAUAGAGAGUGUCCACCAGAGGACACUGUGUUAAGAGUUAUUCUGGGUGAUCACUUUUUGUCCUGUGAUGAAACAUUUUGUCCAGCUGGAGGGGGUCUCUUCCAGGAUGACAGAGUUCACUUCAUGGCACACGAGGGCUCACUGACUGACUGUUUUGAUGAGUAUGAAAAUGUGAAUCACACAUUGGGGCCUUUACUGUCACUGAAUCUUUAAGCCAACUCAACACUUGUGAGGGAUUUUGGGGCAUUGUGUUAGAAAGCACGCUCCACCACCUUUAUCCAAACCCACAAUGAGGGAAUAAAUUGUUACAUUAUCCUUUAGGUUCUGCACAACAGGGUCAUUUAUCUCUUACGCUAACCUGACUUAUUGGCUUGGCUUGACAAAAUACCAUUAGAAGACUCUGGAAAACUGUGCCUUUAUUGACUGUAUUCAAAUGGGAAACAUUAGGUCUGAAUGAUCAUCGCAUAUAGGUCAGAUACACUGAGCCUUUCUCAGUGUGUUCUUGUCUCUACUCGUGGACAACGGCCAGUCACCUGCAGUUAUUUAGUUGUGAUACACAAAACAAAAUAAAAAUAAAAUAUUUUAUACUAUUA